AUGAGAGCCAAACUCAAGCCUAUAGUUUGGAGUCAGGAUAGUCAUUUAUCCCGUAAAUCCGUGAUACUUUGCCACUAUGAUGUGUAUAUAAAGAGGAUCAAGAUGUGUAAUCAAUCCUCAAUUCGGAAAUCUUGUACAGCCAGCCACGAUACCAAACCACUUAGCACGGAGGCAAUGAAGGAGAAUGUAUGGGAAUACAUUAACCCUGACCCAAACUGGAUGGUACUUGAGUCCACACCAGCCAAGCCUACGGAGCCAGUUGCGCCUAAGAUAGACUUCAGUAAAACAAGUGAAGCGCAGCUAUUAUUACAGAAAUAUCAGAUUAAAUCCAACACAUACAAACGACAACUCAGUCGGUACGAGAAACACCAGAAAUGUAUGAAGUAUAUAUGUUCUUAUAUUCUUGACACUGUGUACAUUGGACAUAAGCCUAUGAUUUGA